AUGGUAUUGUUAACCAUUUUGGCCAACUGCAUUGUUCUGGCCAUGGAAGAACAUCUGCCUUCGCAUGACAAAACAACUUUAUCAGAAGCAUUGGAAAAGACAGAAACCUACUUCUUGAUUAUCUUCUGCGUAGAGGCACUUUUGAAAAUCGUCGCGCUGGGCUUUUUGUUCCACAAAGGAGCGUAUCUGCGAAAUAUUUGGAACAUAAUCGAUUUUAUUGUGGUUGUCACCGGUCUGCUGGCGUACAUACUGCCGAAUCUUAACCAACCUGCAGUUCGGGCCUUACGUGUCCUCAGACCACUGAAGCUGGUGACGGGAUUUGAAAGUCUACAGAUUGUGCUCAAAUCUAUAUUGCGUGCAAUGGCUCCACUGCUGCAAAUCAGCCUGCUUGUCUUGUUCGCCAUCACUAUAUUCGCCAUCAUCGGUCUCGAAUUCUACUCUGGUGCUUUCCACAUGACUUGUUUCGAUUCCAGAAACCCUAAUCAGCUGCCUUCCACCCUGCCCAAUCGACCCAACCUCGCCCCGUGUAGUCCGCAAAACACGUCUUCCGUCGCGCCAAGAGGACAACCUGGGGCGUUUAUCUGUCCGGAGAAUUACACAUGCAAAGGAUACUGGGAAGGUCCGAAUUACGGAAUCACCAGUUUUGAUAAUAUUGGCCUGGCAAUGCUUACGGUCUUUCAAUGCAUCACGAUGGAAGGAUGGACAGAAGUGAUGUAUGCGACAGAUGAUGUUAUCGGUGAUCGAUUCAAUUACUUAUAUUUCAUUCCUUUGAUCAUACUGGGAUCAUUUUUCAUGCUCAAUCUUGUACUGGGAGUGCUUAGCGGAGAAUUCGCCAAAGAAAGAGAACGUGUGGAGAAGAGGCGCGCGUUUCUCAAACUCCGUAGGCAACAACAAACUGAGAAAGAGUUCAAUGGUUACAUGGAUUGGAUUCAACGUGCAGAGGAAGUCAUUCUUGCCGAGGCUACCACCACAGCUGAAGAAAGAUUGCGGAUAAUUUCAGCUCGGCAGCGGGCGGAGAAACAACGCGGAAAGAAUCUGAGCAAACAACUCAGCCAGUCGGAAAGCAACUUCGAGGAUGACAUGUUGUAUGUGGAAUCUAAAGAUUACGCAGAAUUCGUCUUCCUCGGUCUCUUCAUCACGGAAAUGGUUUUGAAAAUGUAUGGGUUGAAAAUCCGGAUUUACUUUGAAUCGACUUUCAACAUCUUCGAUUGUGUUGUUAUCAUCGGCAGCCUAUUUGAAAUCCUGUGGGGAAUAUUUCACCCUGAUUCCUCCUUUGGUCUCAGUGUUUUGCGGGCUGUUCGACUGUUACGAAUUUUCAAAGUCACAAGAUACUGGGCCUCGCUACGCAAUCUGGUGCUUUCUUUGCUAAAUUCAAUGCGCAGCAUCCUCUCUCUGCUGUUCCUGCUCUUCCUGUUUAUCCUCAUAUUUGCUUUACUCGGAAUGCAACUAUUCGGCGGAGACUUCAAUUUUGACGAAGGACGGCCAACUCAAAAUUUUGACACUUUUGCCAAGGCCUUGAUGACCGUAUUUCAGAUUUUGACUGGUGAGGACUGGAACACGGUAAUGUACAAUGGGAUUCGCGCUCAAGGUGGCGUUUCUGGUGGCGGUGGAAUCUACGCGAUCUACUUUAUUCUUGUAAUGCUGGUCGGAAACUAUACACUACUGAACGUGUUCUUGGCUAUUGCUGUGGACAAUCUUGCAAAUGCACAAGAACUCACCGAAGCAGAGGAGGAGCAAGCCAAAAUGCAGCAGGAAAUGGAGGAGGCUGAAGCUGGGUCUAUGACCGAGCAGGAGUUGACAAAGCAGCAAGGAAAUUCGGGCUCAUUCAUGGGACCAACUACUGUGGAUACUGUGCACAAAGUCGGGAACGGUUCGCGUGUUGACAAAUGGCUUGACGUGGAGAAGGAUCCCGAUAUGGAAAGACGCACAGACCAAAUGCAGCGUAACAAAGUUGCGAAUCCCAAACUGUCUCAGUACGGUAAUAUGAAUUUCGUUUCGCUUGAGAGUGACGAUAGCGCACGUUUGCGAUUAUCAACGGAACAACAGCAACAGGGGAAACCUGUUCUACCUUACAGCUCAAUGUUCAUUUUUGCUCCCAACAACGCUAUCAGACGCUUUUGUCAUUUCGUGGUCAACCUGCGAUACUUCGACUUAUUCAUCAUGAUUGUCAUCUGUGCUAGUUCUAUUGCGUUGGCAGCAGAAGACCCGGUGUCAGAGCAUUCGCGACGGAACACAAUCUUGGAGCAUUUUGACUACGCAUUCACUGGCGUUUUCACCAUCGAACUGAUACUCAAGGUUAUCGAUCUGGGAGUUGUUCUUCAUCCUGGUUCCUACUUUCGGGAUGCGUGGAAUAUUUUGGAUGCGAUCGUUGUAUUAUUCGCUCUGGUUGCGUUCGUUGUAAGGUCAACGACGACGCUCUGGCACACGGGAGGUAGCGCAUCAGCAAAAAAUCUGAACACCAUAAAGUCUCUUCGUGUGCUCAGAGUCCUCCGGCCUUUGAAAACAAUCAACCGAGUACCAAAGCUGAAGGCUGUCUUCGAUUGUGUGGUCAGUUCGCUGAAGAAUGUGUUCAACAUUCUCAUCGUCUACUGGUUGUUCCAAUUCAUAUUCGCAGUGAUAGCUGUUCAACUCUUUCAGGGCAAAUUCUUCUAUUGCAAUGAUGUCUCAAAGAUGACUCGUGAGCAGUGUCAGUGA